ACCAACACAUUCAGGUACUCUUACAAGCAAAACUAUUAGAAUUAGACCUUCACAAAUACCUUGACAUACCAAAAAAUGGAUGCAACAACCCAUGUAGCGCUUCUACCUGCCCCGGGGAUGGGCCACCUAAUCCCCCUAGCGGAAUUCGCUAAACAACUAGUCCACCGCCACCACAUCUCCUCCACCCUCAUCCUCCCCACCACCGGACCGCCACCCAAAUUCCAAAUCUCCGUCCUCAAGUCCCUCCCCAAAAACAUCAACCAUGUCUUCCUUCCACCCGUCAACUUGCCCAAAAACCUCACCAACGCCGAACCCCAAUUCUUCAUCGCCAUGUCCCUCUCUCUCAUCCCCUCCCUCCGCGAUACUUUAAAAUCCUUAACCUCCACGAAUCGGUUGGUGGCACUUGUCGUGGAUCCGUUUGGAGUGUUCGGACUCGACACUUUCAAUGUGGCUAAGGAAAUUGGAGUUCCUUUGUACUUAUUUUACACUUCCAAUGCCAUGACACUUUUGUUUUGCUUUCAUUUGCCAAGGCUUGACAAAAUGGUUACGUGCGAGUAUAGAGAUUUACCCGAACCAGUGAAAUUACCCGGUUGCGUGCCCGUUCAUGGUAGAGAUUUUGCCAACCCAGUUCAAGACCGGUCCCACAUCGCGUAUAAGAGGCUACUUGAAAAUUCGACCCGAUUUACUUCAUACAAGGGCAUAAUUAUCAAUAGCUUCUUGGGCUUGGAAGAGGGAGCCAUAGAAGCUUUACAAGUGGAAGAACCGGGUAAGCCGCCAGUUUACCCCAUUGGACCACUUAUCCAAACAGGGUCAAGUGAUGGGUCGGAAUCGUCGGAUAGACCCGAGUGUUUGAAAUGGUUAGAUGAUCAACCAUGCGGGUCUGUUCUAUUUGUUUCCUUCGGAAGUGGUGGGACCCUCUCUUAUGAUCAGAGCAACGAGGUAGCACUAGGGUUGGAAAUGAGCGGGCAAAAGUUUGUAUGGGUUGUACGAAGCCCCAGCGAUCAGUCUGCCAAUGCGGCAAUUUUCUAUUCUGAGCGCCAAACAGACCCUAGUGGUUUCCUGCCAGAAGGGUUCUUGGAAAGGAUCAAAGGACAAGGCUUGUUGGUCCCGUCAUGGGCCCCGCAAAUUGAGGUGCUCCGCCAUGACUCUAUUGGUGGGUUUUUAACCCAUUGCGGUUGGAAUUCAACGUUAGAGAGUAUUUUUCAUGGUAUACCUCUAAUUGUUUGGCCACUCUACGCAGAGCAAAAAAUGAACGCUGUAAUGUUAAACGAGGGUUUGAAUGUGGCUUUGAGACCAAAAAUGAAUGAAAGUGAAAUAGUGGGAAGAGAAGAAAUCGCAAGAGUUGUGAAUGAUCUUAUGCAAGGAGAAGAAGGGAAGAAGGCUCGUGAAAAAAUGAAGGGCUUAAAGGAGGCUGCCGGGAAGGCACUAAGUGAAGGUGGGUCGUCUACAAAAGCACUAUCAGAAUUGGCAUUCAAGUGGAAAACUUAGAAGUAUAU